CAACUUUCUAGUCUUUCUUUUCUUUUGUUAUCUCUUGUCUGAAAAGGAAAUGAAUCUCUCAAGUUCAAGUGAAUCACUUAUUGAUGAUCUUCUAGAUGAUUACUGGUUCUUUGAGAACUUAUUUACCAGAAGGUCGAGAGUCUUAAGGUAUUGUCACUCAGAUCCUUACCCAUCUUCUUCUUCUUCUUUGACAUCUCCUGAAAAAGUGGGAGAUUUAGAUGAGAAGAAGUCUUUAGAAGCCUCCACAGGGAGAUGUUUGAUCAGGGCAGCUUCUAUAGAUGGAAGAAAAGGAGAGACAAAGCAGUUCUCUGAAAAGACUAGGGUUCAAGAACCGAGACCAGUUGGAUCUUUCUUGCGGCAAAAGGAACCUGUGGUUCUUCCCAAAUCUGCUGGAUCUUGUUCUGCUCCAGGAAAGAUUCAAGAAGCUUCCACCGACCGCUGUUUGGUCCGAGCACCCUCUUUGCCGCCUCGGAUAGAAAAAAGAAAUGUUGAUUACGAGGCAAAGAAGAUGAUCAGUAAGCUGACGCGUCAGUUCUCUGAGAAGAUUAGGGUUCUAGAACCGAAGACAACGGGUGAACGUUACUUGCAUAAGAAGAAAAGGAAUAGUGAAAGGAACAUGACAGAAGGUGGUAGUAGUAGUAGUAGUAGCAGCAGCAGUGUCAAGAUUAGUUUGCAAAGAACUCAAACGAUGCCAAAUAACAUAAGAGAAGAAGAUGAACUUGAAGAUCACGAAACCGACUCAAGAAUGGGAUUCUUGAUCCGUGAAGCACUCGCUAGCUCACAAAAUGUUCCAAAGGUUUCAAUCAAUCCAAGGCAGAGACCACCAAGACAGCUGAGAUCAGAAGAAACUGUUAUGGUCAAACAAGGAAGCUCAAGUUCCAAAACGCUGCGUAAAACGGUAAGUAGCAUAGAAACAACCAAAGAGAUUCAAAGGCUGAAAGGUUAUGAUGACCAGCUGGUCGAGCCACAUGGAUUAGCUACACCGCCUAGGGUUCCAAAGGAUUCGAGGAAAGAAAUGAAGGAUCAGAUCAAGUUUUGGGCUCGGGCAGUUGCUAGUAAUGUCAGACAAGAGUGCUGAAAAUUCUUUUAACUACACUUAUUAACUUUGUGUUUUGUAUGACAAUAUUCUGUACAUAUGAUUCUUAUCUUGAACUCUUUUGUGAUCUUUUUUCUUUCUGAACCUCCUGAAAUAAUGAGAUUCCUCUGUUUAUAUGAUGAUGAUGUUCUUUUCGUUGGGGGCAAGAAGAAAGUCAUGAUUAUCAUGAAGAAAAGGAGAUGAGAGAAAAACAACAAGGAAGAACAUUAUAAUAAUCAAAUUUAUAUUGAAAACCAAAAGAAAGAACAUAAUAAUUUAUGAUUUGAUUGCGAUUUAUGAAGAGUUUCCUAGAAGCAUUCGAAUCAAAAUAUUCAUUCGAUUUUAGUAAACAUUACACGUAAAAUACGUUGAAUCAUGUUGAGUUAAAAUCUAUAUAUAAAUGUAAUAACGUGGAACUAACUAGAUUGAACCGGUUCUUGAUUGCAGAUAUCUCUCGUAAGACCAAAACAAUAAUAACUUAUGCAUUCAUUCAACUUCAGUUUCUUAUUGUUAAAUGAUUAUUUUAAAAUAUAUAUAUAUAAAUGAUAAUAACUGAAGAUCAUUUGAUAGGAUCACUAACGCAUAUCAGUUUGCACAAAAUGAUUCCAUAACAUUUUUUUUUUUGAAAAAUGAUUCCAUAACAUGUUACCGUUAAUUACGGGUUAUUGUUAGGAUGAAUAGUUGCUACCUUCCAUUUUACUAUCUUUGCGACCCAAUCAUCUUACAAAAAGAGAAACACAUGUAACAAACAGACAAAUCUCACCAGACUUUUAACACUUUUUCAGAUGACAGAAAACAGUAGGUUAGAUCAAAUCACUACGUAGAAUAAUGAAGAAACUAUGACUUUUUAAAAGCAUCAAAAAAAAGAAAACCCUGAAAAGUAGAAAAAUGAAUUUACAAAAAAGUAGCCAAUUGGUGUAAACAAACCAAAAACAAGUAGCCACUUUUUUUGAAAAUUACACAUCCUAUUCUUACUUACCCUCAUGUGAAGAGACCAUCUCUACUACGUGUAGAUCAUAGAUAAUAAAAAAUAACAUUUUGAAAGGCACCACGAAAAAAAAAACUAUAUAUGUUGUAAAGAAAUCUAAUAUUUUAUAAUCUUAACUAAAACUUAAAAAAAAAACUUAAUAUGAUAACAACCAAAAUAUCCUAUAUCAAUAAAAUUUACUAAAAUAAUAUGAUAGACACUAUUAUAUAUAAAAUUUAGUAAAAUAAUAGGGCUAUAUUAUUUAAACAAAGAAGUGUUUUACUUAUAAAUCCCAUAAAAUACAAAAUAAUAUAUGUUAAAGUAUAUAUUUAAACACAACAUGUAAAUAUAUAAAUGAUCUUUAACAUAUUUCUUUUCUAUAAUAUAAAUAAAUAAAUUUUAAAAAUGUAUUAUAGCAAAAUGUAUAAAUUAA